AUGCAAGUGCUCCACCAGCGGGAUGAUGGCACCGUGGCGGAUCUAGCAAGUCGAAACUCGUCGAAGUCGGCGGCAAUGCCACCAAUCCAAACCCUCAAACCUUUGUUCCACCACUCAUCACCCUCAACAUGCCAACUCGGCUCGCGCGGGUUGUUUUCGAUUGUCGUUCGCGACUACGACGAAGCCAUUGCAGUCCAAGCGAUGGAUAGUAGUAGCCCCACGAGACGGAACCUGCUCCAUUGUGCUGGCUCAACCGAGCAAAAAACACCGAGCCAAGAAGCGUGCAUUGGCAACCAAACAGGGGGGCGGGUGUGGCUCGUCCUCGAAACGUCAGACUUCUGGGGUGACUACGAAGCCAUGCAAGUAGCCGGAGUGCGCUUUAGUGAAGUGCCGCGCACAUAG